AUGAAAGACUUUCGAACGAGGAAAAACGACUCAAAACGAGAAAUUACAACUUAUGGAAGAAGCUUCAGGGUCAAGCUCAAAAAGGAAGUAAUAAGAUUGAAAAGAGAGAAUGCCAACUUGAUCGCUGCGAACAUGGAGCUUAAAAGAUCGAGAACGGAUCAAAAACAGGCUGCUUUGAAGGAAAUCAACGAAGAUUUAGAAAAAGCGAAAAGGGAGAAGGGCGAGAUUCAGGAAAAAUUGGAUAUCGAGAAGAUUAGAAAUGCUGAUCUUCAAAGCGAAAUCGAGCAAUGCAAAAGCGAAGAGGAACAUUUGAAAGAUGAAAUCAAGGAGGAGAAGGCGCGGUGUUCUAGGGCUACUCAGGAUUUGAAAAAUGAUCUCGAGCGAGAAGACCUCGAAAAUCAAGAGAAGAACUCGUUGAUGGUGCUUUCUUACCAAUCAAAAACAGAGUUUCUGAGCUACGUUCUCAAGCCAGACGGAAGCGAGAGUUCCCGCACAAUCAAGAUGCCUUCUUCAAGUCAUGAAUAUCACUACCUUUACUGGUCGAUUUCUGCUUUGGUUCGCGGAAAAGUCUACGUUAUUGGUGGAUACGGAGAAUAUAAAUUUAGAAUUGCGAUGAUCAACGACUGCGAAAUCGAAGAAUUAGAUGCGAAACUCGGCAAUUCGUAUUCCUUGAGCUCUGCUGCUGUAACGGCGGCGGAUCAACAAUCAGCAUUGAUUUGUUUUCCUUAUGAAAAAUACAAAAAAUGCGAAGAAUUCGACGGCAGCGUUGUUUCAACAAAACCGGCGACGAAAUACUCGCACGAAGAUUCAUGCUUGGCGCUCUACCACGACCACGCAGUCGCAGUCGGCUCCUACCGUUCUGACGGCCGCAAAAAAGUGGAGAAAUUCGACGGCGAUUCUUGGACAGAAUUACCAGAUUUUCCAAAAAAAAUUUACUUUCAUUCCUGCAUUGGAGUUUACGACGGAUUUCUUGUCCUCGAAUACUCAAAAGAUGUUUAUUUACUACGCGACUCCAAAUGGACCGUGGUUGGCCAGCUCAAUGAAUUUCAUUCGUUCUCUUCCGCAGCGCGAAUCGGAAAUACGAUUUAUCUUGUUAGCGGCAACUCAAAACCUUAUGCCGUGGAAAAACUGGAAUGGGAUGGAGAACAAAUUGCCUCGGCAGAAGUCAUCAACAAUCACUCGAGCACAUUUAUUCGUCCGAUCAUAUUCCCUGUUGAUGAAUUUUACUGUACCUAA